AUGGAAUCAACAAGUGAAAUAACGCCGGAUACCUCCAAAGGGGAUCACCUCUGUGUUUUGGUUCACGGACUUUGGGGAAAUCCUUCGCACCUCGAUUAUAUCGCGUCCGCGCUGAGAGACAGAUAUAGUAACGACCUCUACAUACUCUGCCCGAAAGCAAAUAGCGGCAACUAUACCUACGAUGGAAUCGAGUUGGGCGGAGAACGAUUAGUGCACGAGAUCGAGGAGACGCUUGAAUUCCUAGCCGAGAAAGGACAAAGGAUCACAAAAAUAAGUGUGAUUGGAUAUUCGCUUGGUGGUCUGCUCGCGCGCUAUGCGAUCGGCUUGCUCAAUGCGCGAGGCUGGCUAGAUAAGCUAGAACCCAUGAACUUUACGACCUUUGCCACGCCACAUGUUGGAGUGAGAGCCCCACUGAAAGGGUAUAAGGAUCGGAUUUUCAAUGUUUUAGGGCCGAAGACAAUCUCGGCAUCUGGCCGCCAAAUGUGGCUGGUCGAUUCCUUCCGAGAUACCGGGCGCCCACUGCUCGGUGUUAUGGCUGAUCCCGAGAGCAUUUUCAUAACCGGCUUGAAGAAGUUCCGGCAGCGGAGCACUUACGCGAAUAUCGUCAAUGACCGCUCAGUUCUAUUCUAUACGUCCGGUCUCUCUAAAGUGGACCCAUUCCGGGAUCUGGAAGACCUGAAUAUCAACUACGUCGAGGGUUAUGAAGAUGUCAUUAUCGAUCCCGACCUUCAUGUGCUUCCUCCAGCGGAGAGAAAACCUGAAACCACAGCAGCGCGAUUCUGGAGGAAAUUGAAAUCGGCAACCAUUUGGAUACCUCUAUCACUGCUGCUCAUUGUUCUCGCGCCUGUGGCUUGUACACUCUUCUUGAUAAAUGCUGGGAUCCAAACAAUCCGCAGCUCAAAGCGCAUUCGUAUGCAUGAAGUUGGCGAAAAUGGCCAGCGUUUCGGAAGAUACAGAGUACCGGUUUUGAUCCAAGACGUUCAGCAUGCCGUGGAGCAGGCCUUGGAGAACGUCAAUGCUAUCCAAGAACCGGCUUAUUUGUCCAACAGCGAUACUGAAGUGUCUGACACGGCGCCUGAGAAGUCCACUAGAUCGUCUGUCUCGAAGUCUGGUCGCAACGAUGCCGAGUCUGCAUCGGCUAGACGUUCAUCAACGAUGGAGGUUUCGACGUAUUUUUCCAAGCUUGCAUUAACCAAUGAACAAUUUGGCAUCAUCGAUUCCCUCAAUGCUGUGGGAAUUCGGAAAUACCCCGUCCACAUACAAAAGCACUACCACAGCCACGCAGCUAUCAUCGUUCGGACUGAGAAGGAUGGGUUCCGAGAGGGCAAGAUCGUGAUGAAGCAUUGGUUAGACAACGAGUUCGCGUUAUGA